GACUGUGCAUUACACAGGAGUCUCGCUGGUGAUCUGAAAGCAUUCACAGAUAAAUACGGAUUUGAUGUACUUGUAAUUUUGGCCAACUCUUUGUCAGAUGAGAAGCAAACAAAACAACAAAUAGCAGUAUACUCGGAAAACUUAGAGCUAGGCAAUCAAAUCUGCUGUGAAUUAGAAGAAUGUCAGAAUCCUCGUUUGGAGCUGGAACCUCUAGAAUGCGGAUGUGACCAAAUUCUCAUUUAUCAUCAAGAAAAUUCUUUGGUGACCUGUGAUCAAAUUUUUCUUCUAGUUAAGGAAGUGAUAAAUAGAAGACAACCACAAAUGGCAUCAAACAGUAGAACUUCGUCUACUGAAGCUGUUGCUGGGAGCGCUCCACUUUCACAAGGGUCUUCUGGCAUUGUGGAGUUAUAUGGUUCUGAUGUAGAACCACAGCCCAGUUCUGCCAAUUUUAUAGAAAAUCCUCAAGAUCUAAAUGGAGCUAUGCAAGCCCACGUUGAUGUUAAUGUAGACCUUGUGAGUCCAGACAGUGGAUUGGCUACCCUUAGGGCAUUGGCUACCAUUGGGAGCAGCCGGUCUUCCAAGGAGAGUUCUGUUUUCCUUAGUGAUGACAGCCCUGUUGCAGAAGGUGCCGCUUCCCAUCACAGUCUUCUGCCUGGCUUUGAUUCCUAUAGUCCUAUUCCUGAAGGAACAAUAGCUGAAGAACAAAAACCUCAGUCUAGAGACAAUCGCGAUAACUUUGAUCUUUUCAAUUUUGAUCUAGCACAUGUGGUUACAGCUCCAUCUGAGUCAUCUUCUCGUUCUGUUGAUUGUUCCCCAGCAGACGACUAUUUCCUUAAUAGUGAUUCAUCAGAAGGACAACAACUCACUGUGCAGAAAGAACUUGAUGAGGCAAACCUUCUAGAAAAUGGUACAGCAGAUUACUCAACUGACUUUCUUAUGACAACAAAUGAGGAAGAAAAUUUAGCUGGAUUUGAUGAGAGCCCGGGAGAAAUGUGUGAGAAAACUUCAAGCAUGAUAGAUUUAGUUGAAGGUGAUUCUUCUUCACCAGAAAUGUUGAAAUCUGCUGAUUCAAGAAUCCCACCAACUCCUAUGAACAGUCUCGUAGAAACUUCACCAUUAGAUAAUGGGCAGCCUUUGUUCUUCCCACAAGAUGUCAUAAAAAAAAUUAAUGAAAUAGAUGGCGCAAAUUAUUCUCAGUCUCGUGUCAGAUAUGGGAGCUGGUGGGAUGGCUUUGACCUGGAGUCCAGAAAUGCUGAUCCAUGGAGUUCAAAUGAGCAGGAAUCUGUAUUUCAGAGCCCUGUCUUAUGGAAAGAUUGUGAAGAAAAUCCCUUGCUACAAGAACAUACUGAUAGAAGAGCCUCAGAUUCUGUGUUUUUCCAAAAACAGCCAAAACAAAUGGAAUACAUGAGAGCAGGUCUGUGGGAUAAUGAGUUUAAACAAGAUAACUGGAACCAUGAGAGUCAAGUGAAAAACAGUGAACCUUCACAUUUACAAACUGCUUCUUUAGAGAAGACAAAGCAAGAACCAGAGAGCUUUACUGACCCAUGGAAGGUCAGUCAGACGACACCUGUGAUGCCAGAUGCAUGGUGUAGUGGUGAAGGGAAAGGCAGUCAGCUUGCUGGAGACACAUACGAAGUCUGGACUAAGUUUGAUGCAGGAGGUAUUACUAGAUCCUCAGAAAAUGUAUGGAACAUGCCUGAACUGGAUAGAGAAAAAAAAUCAGUUGAUAUUUCUGAGGAGUGGACCAUAUCAAAAACUAGUUUAUCAGAUUCUUCAGAAAUCGCAGUGGACAAUGAGACUGAAAAUCCACCUAUCCAGGUAUCUCCAGAAGUCUGGGAUAAAGAAAGAUAUUAUUCAGUAGAAGAAUAUGGAAAAUCUGUAAAUCCAAAUGCUAUUUACAACAAUAUGCAAAAUAAUUCCAAACUGCAAACAGAUGAAAAAGCUGUAUUUGGUGACCCUAAACAUAGACCAAACCAAUUUGAAAACGUAGAGACCUGGAAUGUGUAUGAUAAGAACAUCAGGAAAGACGUAACGGAAGUAGUGGUGCCGUGGGAGAAUACCUUCUUGUAUAAACGCUCAGAUCUUAGUUUAUCAAACUUAGGUGAAGAUUUAGUUGUUUCUCCACCAGACACCAAUUAUUCAACAUCUGAUUCGUAUAUAUCACCUACAUAUGUGGAAGAUGAAAAAGAAACUGAGGACAAAGAUUUUGAUGAAGAAAGAGUUACUGAUAAAUUUAUAAACUCAAAUUUGACUGAGUCAGAAGUACUUGAGAAAGCAAACAAGGAACCAUUAUGUCCUAGAAACAUGUCUUUUUCAAGCACCAGAAACACAGACAUCUGGAACACUCCCCUAAAUAACGUUACCCACUUACAAGAAAGAAAUUCUGAAAUUACUGCUCCAUCUGCCUCUGCUAAACCUUUCCUUAAUUCAGAACAAACAGCUGAUCACUGUUUUUCAACUGAGAUACAUACCGGUGAAAAUGAUUUUUCUGUGUCUGAAGACAGCAGAACAACACUGGUAAACAAUCAAACAGCGAAUGACUUAGCACUGUCACAGAACAAAUUAAAUACUGGACAGACUGCAGCUGAAAAUGGAGAAACAGUGAGCAGUGUUCCUGUAGAAGACACAGACACUUCUACACCAACUUCAGACACUGGGAAUGGUUUGGAUGUGAAACUAUGCGACUUCGGGAGUGGGAUGCUUAGUAAGAAGGCAGCACAAAACACUGCUGGUGUUGAAAAGCUGGAUAGUCAGGAUUCAGCAGAGCAGUGGAACUCGUGGAGUUUACAGCGUGAGCAGGGUUGUGAGGAAGGCUGGGACAAUGCCAUUGUCAUCUCUCAGGAAGCAGAAGAGGAAAAUAAGAGAACAGAUGAGACAAGGGGACAGCUAAUGAUAAGUGAUAUUUGUAAUAAACCAGUGCAGGAGGACAGUGAAUCUUCAGGUAAUGCAGAUUCGGAAGAAAACAGGUCAACAGCUGAAGUUCCCAGCUCCCCAGAAAGAAUGAAGAAUAGUGUUAGUUUGGAAGCAUUAGUCACAGAGAAUGAGUCAUUUUCCAAUCAAAGUAAUCCAGUUAGUCAAGAAGAGAGGAAAGACUUGUCACAGAAUAAUGUAGAAUCGUCUUCAAGUGCUUCUGAGGAAGGCAGAAAUGAUGAAUCUUUUGAAGACUCCAGACUACAAAAUUACAAUUAUAGUGAAACAUUACAGCUGCUUUCCGAGAAGGUUGAAAAGGAGACUACAGUGAUAGAGGAUGCAACAAGUCCUGAGAUGGAAAGUAUCUCUGAAAGUUCUGACAAGGGUAGUAAUAAACCUGAAAAUAACUCUUCUGAAAUGCCUGGAAGCUCAGGCAUCUGGAAUGACUCUGGAGAGAGUGGUUUUCUCCUAGCCACAUCAAUUCCUUUGAUGAAUGAACCACAAGAAGCACUGGGAGAAGUGAAAGAGGGCUUACACGAAGUGGUUCCUAACCAUCCAGGCAUUUGUAAUUCGGAGUUAGUAUCUUUCAAAAAUAUCUCAGAACCGAACAGGACUCAUGAAAACUCUUUCAUAGAUGAGUUUAAGAAGAGUCCUUCUUCUGGAUAUGUCAGUGUUCCUGACCUUACAGAUAUGUCUGUUGUGGAAAAUUCAUUUUCACAUGAAAUAGGUUCUGGAAGAAAUGAAAACUCUGAAAAUUUAGAACCUGCUAAUAAUCUUUGUGGAGAGCCAUGUGUAAUGCCUAAUGACAGCUUGCCCCAAACUGCUUGGAAUUCACAGCUGUGUGAAGAUUUGCAAUCUCCUGGAACAAGUCCUGAGGCAAGUGAAGUCCUGGAAAUGGCAAACACUACAAGUAGCCUUUCAAAGGAAAUACAGAUCAAAAGUUAUUUGGAAGAAGAUAAUGUGUGGAGUAGUUCAAUACACGAUUAUGCACACUCAAGUGGAACAAGCCCUGAUUUAAGUGAUGCAUCUGUGAAUGUGUGGGGAGACCUUCCAGUUGCCAGUCAUCACAAAAUAAUUAGGGAUAUGUGGGAUAUUAAAAAUAAUAAAAAUCUUGAAGAUGCCUGUAAAAGGAAGGAAUUUGGGAGUGAACGUGAAGAAGGAAUUGAAACAAGUGCUGAGCAGAACAAAGUUCCUAAAAGCUUAGAUUUUUGGAAUGCUCAUGUGGAUGAUGAUACUGUAUCUUCUUUAUCAAGUCCCGACAUAAAUGAAGAUUCAGAGAAUUCAGAGGCAUGUCCAGAAGGGAUUCAUGAAGAGUCCACAUAUGAAAACAAACAGCACAAAGCAUCUGAAAUUGGAGGGGAUUAUGCUCAAUCUAACGCAACAAAUCCUGAAGCAAACGAAGACAAUUCAGACAAUUCAAAAACAAAGGUGGGAGAGGAGCUCCAGGUAGGCAUCUUCAAUGAAGAUCCUGAAGCAAUUAAAGCUAAGAAAGUAUUACAGGAGGACUUGACUAUAAUGGAGUGUAAUGAGACUUCUGAAUAUUUAGGUCACUGGGAAGCACUUCAGAAAAAAGCCCAGGUGAGUGUUUUCAGUGAGAAAACAGGUAGCGAAGAAGACUCAUAUUUAUAUCAAAUGAAUGAAGAUGCUACACUGACUUGUGCUCUUGGUGAUAAAGAAGAGUAUUCUUCAAAAGAUGGAGAUAGGUGGAAUAUGUCAUUGGAAGCUAAUUUAAGACCUAAUCCAAAAUCCAUAGUAGGAACAUUUGGUUUUGCAGAUGACAGUUCAGAAUGGUGGACUUCACAACCUUGUGAAGAAAAGCAAUUGGAAGGUCAGUAUUCUGUUUCAAGUCACCCUGCAACAAACGAGUUAACAGAUAGUCAGGAGGUCUCUUGGGGAUCACCUUCACAACAUGAAGAACUAACAGAAGCGCAUUUCACUAAUGCAAGUAACGAUGAAAAUCACCUUCACUCCCUGUACUGUGAUGAAACACAAAAUGAAAGGCUAGUACAUCCUAUGAAUGUUCCUGAUAGUCAAAUAAAUCAAGACACUCUACAAUUCAAACAAUUUGAUCCUUUCAUAGUGCAUGAAAGGGGCCUGAAAGGCCAGUUGUUUCCUACAAAUGAGGAAAAUCGACUGACUCCACAGAAUCCUUUUUCACAUGAGGAACAAGGUAUGCCAAACACAUCAGUUGAAGAAAUUACUGUACUGGAUCUACCAAAAGACAAUGAGGGAAGUGCAAGUCUUAUUCCUCAAGAACAACAGCUGGACACCUGUGAAAGAUUAGAAGUGUGCAACUCCCUGCCAGGUGCGUUCACUGUAGAAGACUUCUCUUUUGAAAUGACAGAGAAGUCAAGUCCAGGGUGGAGUACAUUAGUUCCUCAACCUGCACUUAUCCCAGAUAUCUUACAGGAUAACACACAAGAAAUGAAUCAGCUUUUUUCAGUGGAACCUGACCUGUGGACUAAUGCUGAACGGAUUGUCACUCUGAAAUCAGAUGGUGAAAAUCCUGAUAUAUUAAGUCACUGUGACCAAGACAAUAGUUCAGAGGCAUCAAGCAGUCCUGAUGUGUGCCAGGAGUAUGAAGCUAAGCAUAUCUCUAUCCCAUCUUCUCAGGUUGGGGUGGAGCCUGAAGACAAAGAUAGACAAACAAUUCAUGCAUGGUCAGAUAUGAGUGAAGAGGCAGAUUCUGAUUCAAAGUGUCAGUUAGUAAUGCAGAAGGUAGAGACACAGUCUGAAAGUGGGAGCCCCCAGGACUCUAAACCGGGGAAGACCAAAGAAUCCUAUCCGCUAACCUCGUCUAAUACUCAAGAGCCUCCUGAAUUUGCAAUUUUGGAAGAAUAUGAUCUAGAAAAUAAACUUGUUACUGACCCAGUUGAGUUGGCUGGAAUUACCAGUGAAGUUUUAGAAGUGUCAUCAAUAGAUCUGAAAGACACGUUCCAUGAAAGUUCUACUCCUGCAAGCCGUGAAGAAACACCAUCUGAUACAGCUCAGAUAGUGACCUCUCAAAUGCAUUUGGUUCCCAUGGAUUUCACUCUACCUAAUAGGGCAGAACACAGCUUAAAAGAAAUCAGUGCCUUGACUGAAGCUAGAAGAUAUUUUGAUAUUGACCAAACAGCAAUAACUGGUGAUGAACUACACAUGUCAGAAGAGCGUGUGGAUGAAUCUGAGACAGGGAUAGAAGGUAACAUCAGGAACACAUCAGUGACUGGCGUCCCCACAAGCAUAUGUGGUCGGAGGGACAUACUGGCAGAAGUAGUCAGUGAAGCCACAGCAGAGGAAUCAAAGGAUAAACAGAUAUUCUUUCCCAAAUCCUUUCUGCCUGGUGCUUACGAAGGCCAUGAAUCUGAUUCAAAUGAUCAACUGGAUGAUAACAUAGCAAAAGAAUCUGAAGUCGUAAUUGAAAACGACGUUCCUGUGUUUAAGGAGAUGUCCAGUGACCAAUCCCCAGGGGUGUGUACUCCACCAUCCGACGUGUCUUUUGAUGCUGAACCCUCUAGUAGCAGGGAGUGUGCAGAGGAUGAGCUCUUGUUACAGCAGCCAUUUUGUGACAGCAUUUCUUUGGAAAAGGCUUCCCCACUGCCAGCUCCUUCGGAAGGUGCGGAAGGCAUCCUGAAGACCAAAGACAGCAGCAUUAAAUAUCAGGUGUCUGAAUCAUCCGCAGAGUGCCUUCAGGAAAAUCUCACAUCAAUAUCUUCACUCUCCCAGUCUGAAGCAACUCCAGGAGCUUCCGAGAUUUCGGCAGGAAAAUCUGAAGCAGAAACUACUGAUUUCGACUCGCCGCCAGGUGGAGAUAGAAGAUCACCUGAUGAAGCUGGCACUCACACCCUGCUCUGCAGGGAGAACAGGCCGAGAAGUUCCUCUGAGAGCCCUGGACUGAAAAGUGCAGAGGGUAAGGAAGAAGCGGGGACGCAGGCACACCGAGGUCCAACUUCACUGGACAUGGAUUACAUCCUUGUUAAGGAGGAAGAAAAUACACCUGCAGUGAAGGAUACCCUUGAAAGAAAGGAAAGUGAUUUUGCAUUUCAAGAAGGGAGUGUAGCUGCACAAACAGAAUCUUGUGAAGGCUUUUCACCGGGAGCCUUGGAUACCUUUCAGUCCAUAUCCAUUACAAAUGAAGGGGAAGAUCACUCUGUUUGUGGAACUGAAUGGGACUCUGUUCACUUAGAAGAUAAAAGUUCUGUUGUGCCUGAAAAAAUGGAUGAUGAAAGGAGAUCACAGGAAAGCUGUGGGCAAGAUGAGGGCUGGAUUAUAUUGGGCCAAAAUGAAGUCAGUGACAUAUCACCUGAAAAAAUUUCUGUCGAGUCAGAGAUGCCAAAAUCAGAGACUGGACGUUCUGGGGAAGAACCAGCAGCUGUUGUAGCACAGGAAUUGAUUCUUGACACUUGGGCAGAAUCUCAGAUAGAUGGUGUUGAUGGUGCCUGGGAAGCAAAUUCUCAACAGAGACUCAGAAGUAACGUAGCAACAGAACAAGAAAUGAAGGAGGAAAUGGUGCUUCUCAACAGUGAAAGAGAACCGAGUCAAAAAUCAGGGUUGGCACAAGAGGAUGUAGGAAUGGACAUCCCCUUUGCUGAGGGUGUAUUAAGCCCCAGUGCUACAGAGAUGAGACCCGAACCUCCCAAUUCUCUUGAUCUUAACGGUUCCCAUCCAAGAAGGAUAAAGCUCACUGCUCCAAAUAUCAAUCUCUCUUUGGACCAGAGUGAAGGAUCUAUACUUUCUGAUGAUAAUUUGGAUACACCAGAUGAAAUUGACAUCAAUGUAGAUGACCUUGACACUCCUGAUGAGGCAGACUCUUUUGAAUACACUGGACAAG